UGACAUACUUCAUUAAGAGAAAAUUAUAAAAUAUUAUUGUAAAAAUACUCAUUAAAUUGCUUCCAAGUGUCUACUAUAUUUCAUUAGUUCAGAAUAAUGCUUCAUAUUACUUUCUUCAUUAUGAACAAAUACUUAAUAUUGUACAUGAGAGUUAGGGCUUUUGCCAUUGAAGGUGUGAUUCUAGCUUAACAACACAAACAUGAUAACUUGUCUUUUACUGUUGUUUAAAACAAAACUCAUACUUUGUUUCUUUACUGUGAUCCUUUAUUAUUUUAGGAGAAAAUCACACAUGAAUUUGUCAAAUUAACUUGAUUGUUUUCAUGGAUCUUUUUACAGACUGAGUUGGUGUGAGCUCUCUGGAGAAUCUUGCAAUGGUUUGACAUCAUCAGUGCUAACCAAGCCAUCCUCAAAUCUCACAUUGUUGGAUCUGAGUCAUAAUGAUUUGAUGGAUGCUGGAGUGAUGCGACUUGCUGAUGGGUUGAAACAUGUGAACUGUAAACUGGAGACUCUCAAGUUGGCAGGAUGUCAGGUGACAGAGAGAGGCUGCAUUUCUCUGGCUGAAGCUAUUAAGUCCAAUAGAGUCUCAUCUCUUAAACACUUGGACCUGAGUUACAAUCACCCUGGAGACAAAGGGAUGAGGGCUCUCAAUGCAAUAGUUGAGGAUCCAAAUAAGAAACUUGAGCCAGUGAACUUUGACUAUGAAGGAAAACUUCGUCUAAAACCUGGUUGGAGUAAAUAUGGAGCAGAUCUUAUGUUCGAUAAGACCACAGCAAGCAGACGGCUUGUUCUGGUUGAAAACAACAAAAAAGUGUUUACUGAUAAUGAUGUCAAGAAGCAGAAAAUGCGAAAUACAAGUGAUGAAAGGUUCAAGAGGACCCAGGUAUUUUGUGAUGAAGGCCUGAAACGACUUUGUUACUGGGAAGUGGAAUGGAAAGGUGUGGUGGGAAUUGCUGUGGCGUAUAAAGAUGUGGGUAGAAGCUGGGACUGUGAUGGUGGACUGGGAUGCAACGACAAGUCCUGGAGUUUGCUCUGCUCCAAGACUGGAUACAAAGCCAUGCAUAAAAAUACAGAAGUAGAAAUCAAAGUCCCUCCUUGCAACAAAAUAGGUGUGUUUCUUGACUGGGAGAGAGGAACUCUAAGGUACUACAGCAUAUCAUCAGAGAAGCGGAGCUUGAUUCAUACGUUCAAAGCAAAAUUCAGAGCAGAGCUUUUUCCAGCCUUCUGGUUUAAGAAAGGUUCUGUGACUUUGUGUGACCUGUAGAUUUAUGAGAGCACAAGUUAGAAAGACUGGAAGCACUUAGAGCAGUGUGAAGAAGUGUUUGCCCCCUUCCUGAUUUAAUUUUUUUGCAUAUUUGUUACACUUCAGUGUUUCAAAACAUUAAAACAAUUUACAUAUUAGUGACACAAUUGGACACAAAAUUGAGUUUUUAAAUAAAUGUCUUUAUUAUUAAGGGAGAAAAAAAUUCCAAAUCUACAUCGUCCUAUAUGAAAAAGUGUUUGUCCCCUAAACUUAACUGAUGAGGUCACCCAAAGCAGCAGCAAUUAACAAUUUACAAUAACUGCAAAUGAGUGUUUUACAGCUGUGCAUGAAUUUUGGCCCAUUCAUCUUUGCAGAAUUGUUAUAAUUCUGUCACAGCUGAAGGUUUUUCAGCGUGAACAGGCUUUUUAAAGACAUGCCACCACAGCAUCUAAAUUCAGGUCAGGAUUAUGACUGGGCCACUCCAAAGUCUUCAUUUUGUUUUUUUGUUUAUAUGGCAGAGGCCUCUGAGCUUAACUGAGACAGUUCUUCAAAUGUUGUUGUGUGACCUCUUUAGGUGCUUUUCCACUAGACGGCCCCUAACCAAUACGGUCUCGGUCCGCCUCUGCCAGAUUCAUUUUCCAUCAGUAGAUCCGGCGUGACUCAGCCCAGCUGAUCUCAGAUCCUCAGAUCUACUUGAAGGGUAGUAAUGAUGAGCAGGGUACGGCACUGAAACAAUUUGAUUGACAGCUGACAGCAUUUACUGAGUGGUUCAUGAUUUUCAUCACUGAAAACUCCAAACAAUGUUGUAGUUUAGCUGCGGACAUGCGAUCUGCUGUCAGAGAGCUGCUUAGGAUGGAAGUGCAUAAUUAUAACUUUAAUCACAAGCAUCACCAGGAACAUGUGUUGCAGCAGGAUGACUGUGUUUUAGCAGAGCGUUGCUCUGAAGAACGAUCAGCAAUAAGUAAGAGACAAAUGGUGAAGCUGUGGUCAGCUUUCUGAUGGAGCUGCUGUUUUGUGCAGACAAUGUGAAGCACUGGAGCUGCGUAAUAUUAGCUUGUGAUGUGAAUUUGAUUUCUCCUAUAGAUUUAACACAAAAAAAAAGUUUUUGUGUGCAUAUUGGUUUACAUCUUUUGACUGCAUUACCUAAAUUAAAAAGGUUGCAUAUUUUAAAAAAAAAUAAAGUGCCAGGAUGUAAUUAUGAUUAUAUGCAUAGCAAAAUAAUCAACUGAUCUGAGUCUGGACCAGCAAUGAAUUUCUAUAAGACAAAAUGAAAUAUCUGGGUUUAUUUGAGUUCAUCAGAACCAGAAUCUCGAAGUUCUCCAUUGCUGAGUGAGGCAUGUCAAAGACAAAUCCAAUGACUUGAGCAAAGAGAACAAAACUAAAACUUCUUUAGAUUAUGCUUUGAUCAAAUAAAUUUGUUUUAUGUUUGUGGUUAAUGAGAUCUGUGAACAAAAAUAAAAGUCAAUUCUAAAGCAUCUCUGAAAGCUAAGUAAAUUUAGACUGCAUAUUUUGUAUUAUGUGAAAUAUUUUUUCCUCUGAGUUUGAUAUCACUGUUUAGACAGGCUUCUGAACUUUUACUUUAAACCUGUAACAUUAAAACUGUUGUUUUUAUUAUUUCUGAAUUUUCCAUGUACAUUUUCAACUUUAUCAAAUACAAGCCUGUUAUUUCAACUGUUUGAUGAAAUCCAGAAGAUUUUUUAUUGUACUUUUUUAUUCUGUAUUGAAAACAAAUUUGGUGAUUGAUAAAACUGACCUUUAACUUUUUUCCUUUACCUUAAGAAAAA